AUGAUAACCUUCACACUCCACCUGAAGUCCUACCUUCCCCCUGCCAUUAGGACCCUGAUUCUACAAAAGAAACCAAACAUAAAUGUGUCCGGCAUGGCUGGGGGGCGGCGACCGGGUAGCGUGAUGGUCCUGCACCGGUCCCUGGCUCCAGCCUUUGAAAAGUUCUGCCAAGCCAACAGUGGCCCUCUGCCCCUGCUGGGCCUCCGUGAGCCAGGCACGUGGCCCUCGCCUGCCCCAAACGGUGUCCCGGACCCCACGACGGGCUGCCCCCAGUUCCAGAAGUACGAGUUCAGUGCCUGCGCGGGCAGCCUGACCUUGCUGGAGGACUACACGGAGCCCCUGGAGGACAUGGUGGCCUUCUUCGUGGACUGCGGCUUCCCGGAAGCAGCUCUGGAGAAGGUGGGGCUCCCCAGAGGAGAUUCGGCCCGCCACGGUCUCGUGGGGGCCUACAAACCCACGGUGGCGCCUGGUGGUCGCCUCUCCGAGACCCUCGCCCUGUUGGGGGUCGCCCCCCUGCUGUGUCGCUGCGGUUCCACGUCAGCCACUCCUGCAAACUGCUGUUGUAUGAGCAGACCCUGUGACUGCGGCUGCCCAAAGGACUCCCGGAUAUUUUCCUGUCCCAUGGCAGUUCUUCCUGAUAUCUCAGAAAUAUCCUAUGUUGAUCACUACUUCAUAUCUUUUCGGACAACAGUGCCUUGUGUCGCCAUGGCUGGCUUUUGCUGCCCCCUGGUGGUCACAAUGAGGCCCAUCCCCGAGGACAAGCUGGAAAGGCUGGUGCAGGCCAGUUGCUCCUUGGGAAAUAAGAGACAACCCAUUCAUAUCGGUGACCCAGAAUGGUUGGGAAUCAAAGAUCUUUCCAAACCUGACUAUGGGGACCCUGUGGUGUGUCAGCCAGGGGACGUCCCAGUGGACUUCUCAGAUGAUCGAGACUGGCCGCAGCUCGAAGUACUCGAAGCCGUCAGCAGCUGCAAGACCCCACUGGCUUUCACCGGUGUACCGGGUUGCACAGUCAUGACCAACCUGAAGGAUACAGAGGCUCCAGCCCGUUGUCUUACCCCUGAGGGAAUUCCAGAGGUCCAUUGCAUUUCCCAAGAUCCUUUACACUACAGCAUGGCAUUGGCUUCAGCUGUUCAGAGGAUUAGAGAGCUGGAGACUAUAAUUGCCGUAGACCCAGGCCAACAGGGGAUCGGACACCUGCUCUGCAGAGAUGAGCUGCUGCAAGUCUCCCUGUCGCUGUCGCACGCCCGCUCGGUGCUCGUCACCACCGGCUUCUCCACACACUUCAACCACCAGCCCCCGGAAGAGACGGACGGCCCUCCAGGAGCCAUGGCCCUGGCGGCCUUCCUGCAGGCCUUGGGGAAGGGAGUCUCCAUGAUCGUUGACCGGAGAGCCUUGAGUUUGUUCGAGAGGCUUGUGGAAGAAGCUAUUGAGCAAGGUGUUCUGAAGACACCGAUCCCCUUAUUAACUUUCCAAGGUGAAUCAGCAGGAACCACUCAGGCAUUUCUCUGCAAAGAUGCGGACCCCAAGUCACCGAGAUUUGACCAUCUGGUGGCAAUAGAAUGGGCAAGAAGGGCUUCCUAUGGCAAUCACUAUAACACGAGGACGAUGAACAUCAAGCACUUGGCUGACCCCAUUGACGACCUUUUCCUUGCAACACAGAAGGUUCCUGGAAUCUCAUCAACUGUAAUUGGUGACGGGGGAAAUGAGCUUGGCAUGGGCAAAGUCAAGGAGGCUGUGAAGAGACACAUACAAAAUGGGAAUGUGAUCGCCUGUGACGUGGAGGCUGACUUUGCUGUCAUCACUGGUGUUUCUAACGGGGGAGGCUAUGCCUUGGCCCGUGCACUGUACAUCCUAAACUCAUGUGAGGUCCACCAACGUUACCUAAGGAAGGCAGUUGGGCCCUCCAGAGUGCCCGGGGAACAGAACUGGACUCAGGCCCUUCCAUCCAUUGCCAAGGAAGAAAAGAUGUUGGGCAUCCUGGCGCGGCACAAAGUUCGGAGUGGAGUCUCGGGCGUCGUGGGCAUGGAGGUGGACAGGCUGCCCUUCCACGGCACCCACGCCCAGACGAUCCGGAAGCUGGUGGAUGUCGCCACGGUGUGUGUGUGUGACUGUGCUUGUGGACCACAUACCAGAGGGCCGUGCCUGGACCUCGGGAGGAGUUCCCCGAGGGCCCCCGGCUUCUUUCCACGACAGCUGUGCACAUAAACACUGGCCCCGGGACCCUGCAGGACCACUGCCUGGGACGGGGCCGUGCGGAUGAUACAGACCAAGGAGAACGUUUCUUUGGGGUUUUUUCUUUUCUUCCUAAGUGCUUAGAGGCUUUGAUUUCAACCCUCCUCCUCCUGGUUUCUUCGGGGCACCCACACGGUGAGAGUCGUCUGACCAACCGCGCAUGGGGACACCCACAAAAAUAUUCCUUGCCAGGCAGACAGAAGAGCAGGCACGACCAGGGCCGUGAAUAAUCCUCCAGGCUAACUAAGAAAUAGUAAAAUGUACAAAUAUGUAGUGUCUAUUUACGAAGCUCUGGGACUUUACCACCAGCACCAAAAUAUUUAUACCUCUGAAAUGCUUUCUUUUUCAAACAACGUUUUGUUUACGUGGGCCUUCAAACCUUACAUUUAUCACCAUCACCUUCUGUCUGGCCCCGCCCCCUCUUCACUCCCACAGGUCCUGACACCCCCCACCCCUAGGAGCCUGACACUUCUCCCACUCCCUCCCCAUAUGCUCAGCCCCAGCCCAGAGCCGGAGGCUUUGGCCUCCCCAUGUAGGAGGGCAGGCACACUCCUGGAGCUUGGGGGUGGGGGGUCUGGAUGGUGUUGGGCCCAGGUGGCUUCUGGACAGGAUCCUUCUGGACAACAGUAGUCAGCUCGCCCGCAUCUCCUUCACGAUCUUCCGUGGCACAUUUCCCAACAAAAUUAGAAGCAGAGUCACUGACCAGAUCCCAAUUACACCCCUGUAUCGAACGAGGACGGUAUCCUGUGCUACUUCACGGCUGAGUGAUGGCUGACUCAUCCAGAUGGAAGAGACCGGCUUCCCAGCUGCAGCCCCAGAUGCUUACUGGGACUGCUUCUGCUUUGUUUUAUUUCCUUAAGCAUGUCUACUUCAGUUCUUUAAGGGACAUUAGUUGUAAAGCAUGGAGCACUUGCUACUCUAAAUUGUCUGCUCAACAGUAGAAGUUAAAGCCGAAGUGCAGAGUAAGCAAUCAGGGAUUCACUACGCCUUGGCAUGGCCAAGCCCCUGGCCAGAAGACAGCCGGGGUGGGGACCGUCCAGACCUCCCCUUGUCAUUGUGGCCGGAAGUCCCCACCUACAGGUCUGUGCUUCGGCUGGCAUGGGCUCAGGGCUGAUGUGCUCAUUGUGAUGAGCCCACGCUCCCUCCAUCUGCAGCUCCUCACAGCUCACCGAGUCCCUCCCGGCCCCAAGCUUCAUGGGCCGGGGAUCCUCCAGUGACAGUUUUGGUCCCUGACUUGCGACUGCAGAGCUCCAUGUCCUGCGGGGCCUCUGAGAGCACCCCCUGAUAUUUUUGAAGUCUCGAUGCCUAGGGGAGAGAAAACCUCAUGUCGUAGGAUUCCUGGUCAAGUCUUCAGUCAAGUUUUGCUCAAGUUCG